AUGAGUGACUGGGAAAACGACGACGAGCCGCAGCAGGUUGCUCCGCCUCCGAAGCUCUCCGCAGCUGGUCGCAAGAAGUUCGACGACGAAGACGUCGAGGAGGAAGUCAAGGAUGACUGGGAGGAGGAAGACUCGGAGCCAGAAAAGCCCAAGGAACCCGUAGCACUGCCGCCGCGCAAGAAGAAGAGCGUCAAGCAGAAGAUCGCCGAGAAGGAGGAGGAGGAGCGUCUGCGUCGCGAACAGGGUCUCGACGACGACGAGGAKGAGGAGGACUGGGACGCUGACCCGAUAGCAAAGCGCCGCAUGGAACGCGAGGCUCAGCUCAAGUCCGACGUCGAAAACGCCGCCAACCUGCUCGGAACCGCCAAGAUCGCCGACGAUGGCCUGUCGAAGCUCAAGUCGAUGAACCCCUCGAGCAAGGAGGACUGGGAGUCGUUCGCCGACCUCAUCUACGCCGAGCUCAUCAAGAAGCAGUCGUCCAAGCCCGGCUUCGAGAAGCACUUUGUGUCGCACAUGUACAAGAACAUCGCUUCCACCCUCCGAGACGUCGACAUCCGCAAGUCCUCCACCAUGCUCAAGGCGUACGCAGAGGACAAGGUCAAGGCCGAAAAGGAAGCCAAGAAGUCCGGCGGCCAGAAGAAGGUCGCCGCUGCCAAGCCCAAGACUGUCGGCACGGCCAGCGCAAAGAAUGUCAUCGACACGCGAGCAUACGGCGACGAGGCACUCGACGACGACCUCGACUUCAUGUAA